AUGACUGAAACUUCCAAAAAUGAAAAUUGCCAAAUCAACGAAACUAUUGUUAUUGCGGCCGAAAUAGGUCGGCUGGAUCUCGUCACAGCGCUCCUAGAGAAUGGAGAAGACCCGAACACCGUGGACGAGACCGGAACCUCGGCUCUUCAUAAUGCAGUAAAAGGGGGUUAUUGGGAUGUCGCCCGUCUUUUGCUCGAGAGGAAUGCAAUCCUUAGGCUCCUGGAUGGCAACAACAGAACCCCUCUCCAACUUGCCGUUCUCGGAGGUCACAGUCAGAUUGUUGGAUUGCUCCUGGAGUGUGAUCCAUCUAUAGGAGAUACGAGAGACGAGGCAAGAGAAACAGACCUACACAGAUCCCUUCGUAUCGCUGCCUUCUUGGGUCACUUGGAAAUCGUCAAGCUUCUUUUAAAUCAUAGUGCUCCUACUCUUUCCAAUGCUGGAAGCGAGACAGCUCUGCUUCUUGCUGCUAAGAAGGGACACCAUGACAUAUGUGAGAUCUUGCUGAAGCAUGACAUGGCGUUGAACCGAUCUCUAUGGAGUCGAAUUACUGGGCCGAGCUUGGCAGUUGACGGGAAGGAUUACACCGGGAACUCCCCUCUGGCCUAUGCAAUUAAGAACGGGUUCGAAAAAACAGUGGAUAUCUUUUUACGCUACUAUCCAAACCUGUGUGAGGCUCGUGAUCGCGAGAAACAGUUGCUUUUUCACACCGCAAUCAGAGCUAGAAACAUCGCGAUGACUCGAACAUUCUUGAAUCAUGGAGCAGACGUUGAGAUGAAAGGCAGCUAUGGAAACCGAGCCCUUCAUGAGGCAGUUCAGGCUGGAUCACUCUACUACAGGUCUUCAGAAGAGACAGCUGAAAUGAUUCGGCUUUUAGUCGAACACGGUGCUUCCGCAACCUCAACAAACGCAGAUGGCAGAGUCCCCGAAUUUAGCACCAACGAUCCAAAGCUCAGAACAUUAUUGCGCAAUUAUAUGAAAACACAAUCAAAAGGCAAUUCAGUACUACCUGAGGUAGUCCCGAAGACCUUGAAUCCACCACCUGAAUACAGUUUGAAGGCAUAA